AUGUCGGAGAAGAGCUCCGAGGCUCCUCUUGCCAGGGAGAAGCUUGAAGUCCAGAAGAAGACUAGUGACAUGAUAACUCUAGAAGCUAUGGCCAAGUUUCCCAUGGAAAAAGAGCACAUCAAGCGUACGGUCGGUACUGCUGCAAUGCGAACAGCUCCAUGCGAAUACAGUGAGGACGCGUUUUCAAAUCGGAAGACAGAUGCUCUAACAUAUCUGGCCUCACAGUCUGACGAGCGCAAGGGGCCUACCUGGCACUGCAUUGUCGGCUGCAACUUUGGUAGCUUCGUCACUCACGAGACGAAGCAAUUCACCUACUUCUACGUCGGCCCCUGCGCCGUUCUGCUGUUCAAGACCCUGACUCUGUAA